UACUAGCUCUACUCACAAAAGCCUCAAUCUAAUCUCCUCUAAACUCGCUGUAACAACACUUUCCAACAUAUAUAGUUCCAUAGUUGUUAUAAUGGCAAAUUACCUCUUACUCCUUUCUUAUUUAUUCUUGAUUGUUUUGGUGGGAUUGGGAAAUGCUGCAUCAAUUUCUCCAAAAGCAUACUGGAAACUUAAGCUGCCUUACACACCCAUGCCUAAAUCUAUCCAGCAAUCAAUCGUGGCAGGACCCCCAAGAUCAGAAGGAGGCGAACCAAUGGAUACGUUGUUAUCUCACGGCAAAGCUUCUUUGAACAGCCUAAAUGGUUACAUUGGACUACUAUCCUACAAUAACAAAGAGUCCCUAAUUUCUUCUAAUCCACGAUAUUUGUCUUAUGAUAAGCAAGGAUUAGACUCGAGUAAUCCAAAUUAUUUAUCUUACAAAAAACAAGGUUUAGAUUCCAAUAAUCCCGAGUAUUUAUCUUAUAAUAAACAAGGAUUAGUGACGGUAAACAGUUAUGGUGGAUUGUUAGCUUACAAUAAAUUAGGUCCACACUUCGAUAAUAAACAAGGAUUAGUUACUACCAACAGUUAUGGGGCGUUGUUAUCUUAUGAUAAAAAAAAUUCACACCUCGAUAAUAAGGAAGGAUUAGUCACUACCAAUAGCUAUGGUGGACUGUUAGCUUACAAUAAAAAAGGUCAACAUAUUGAUAACAAGCAAAGCUUAGUUACAACCAAUGGUUAUGAUGGAUUGUUAUCUUACAAUAAAAAAGGUCAACACAUUGAUAAUAAGCAAGGCUUAGUUACAACCAAUAGUUAUGGUAGAUUGUUAGCUUACAAUAAAAAACGUGAUAUUAAUAAACAAGGAUUAGUUACUACCAACAGCUACGGCGGAUUGUUAGCUUACAAUAAAAAAGGUAUACACGUCGAUAAUUCCAAGUCAUCCCAUGUUGAUGAUGAUGAUGCUAAUAGUGCAACUAAAGAUCAAUUUUUCUUUGUAGAGAAAGAUCUUUACCUAGGGAAAAAAAUGACCUUACACUUCCAAAAAAGCACUAGAAAGGGUUUAUUCCUACCUCGUGUAGUUUCCAACCAAAUACCCUUUUCAUCCGACAAAGUUCAAGAAACUCUCAAAAUCCUUUCCUUAGACCCUAAAUCGAAAGAGGCCUAUGUUCUGUCGAAGAGGAUCGAGCUUUGUGAGGAGCCUACAAUCGAAGGAGUCGAGAAGAAAUGUGUGACCUCACUCGAGUCCAUGGUAGACUAUGUUAUAUCCAUGAUUGGUACAAAUGUGAAAGCACUUACAACACGAGUAGAGAAAGACUCGACCAAGGAGUAUACAAUCAAGGAGUUGAAAAAACUCGUAAAAGAUGAUCAUGAGACCGUAGUUUGCCACAAGAUGGGCUACCCUUACGCCGUGUUUUUCUGCCAUAGGACAAAGACAAUAAGGUCUUACAUGGCUUCCUUAGUAGGCAAAGAUGGUACCAAAAUAGAAGCAGUUGUCGCGUGUCACAUGGAAUCGAAUGAUUUCUUGGACAAUUACGCGAAAAAUGUUCUUAAGAUUGUGCCAGGAAGUACUCAUAUUUGUCAUUUCCCUCCUGCAGAGGAUACCGUCAUCUGGGUUCCCAAGUAGAGUUGCAAGUACGUACAUGUAAGCGCGCUUGUAAUUGGUGUUGAUCGAACCAUUGAUGUUGUGUGUGACCUUAAGCUUAACUAGCUAGACAAGGUAGUUGAUUUAAGUUCUCCCUUUGUUUGAAGAAAUAAGUUGUAAAAUUUGGAAGGGAUAUAUGAACUUAUUGUGGCUUAACUUCGCAA